AUGUUUGGUAACGUCGAUGUUUUGUUGGUGAUGCCGCACCCCUACUUUAUAUGUGACAAGCGCUCGUUGCAGAUUUCACACUCGCCGCCGUCGCCACCUCAGCGGCGUGGAUGCAGGCGCCGGGAAUGGAGCGUGUUCGGCGUCGGUUCGACCGGUCACCCGCGCGGUGACGGCGUCGCGGCGGCGGCGGCGGCUGAGUAUGAACUGCAAACUCCGGUUGGUAACGCCGGCUGUUGUGGCUGUAAUGGUGUGAACGUGUCUGACGUGUUGGCAGUUUAUUCCAAGAAACUCAAGCCGUCUAAUAGACGUCUGUUCUACGUCGGGUCCAGUGACCGGCGCGGUACAUGCAACGGGAACCACUCUAGAUAG